AUGCCCUUACCCCACACACUUCAUGCUGCGAAUGUGAAUUUGCUUGUUACUUGGGGCGACGUUGGAACCGUGACAACAGUCAACAUUCUACUAGCUAAAGACGAAGGCAAAACGAUAAUUGCAACGCUAGCUAGCAAUGUCGAUGCUGGAUCCAAAUCAGCCAACGUCAAGAUGCCCAGCGAUACUCCCAAUGGAUCAGAUUACUUUAUCGUAUUGCAAGGCAAUGACAACACCUCUACUACUCGAGGUCCAAUUACAGUCAUCUUUGGUGGUGAUGGUUCAUCAUUAUCAUCCGCUGCUCCAUCAGCCUCUUCAUCCGCCGUAUCAUCAUCUGCCAGUAAUUCAGCAUCAUCGUCAAUUGCAUCCUCAUCUUCAUCAAGCGCAGCUUCAUCUUCAUCUCAAUCUUCUUCGUCAUCAUCCUCCUCUUCCGAUUCCAAUUCUCCUACCGCUACAUCGGAUGAGAGUAAAGAUGAUGACAACGAUAAUGGAGGAUUGACUUCAGGACAAGUAGCAGGCAUCGUCGUUGGGGUCGUUGGAGCUUUUGCUGUGGCUGGUAUCGCAGGGCUCUUUGUUUUCAUGACACGACGACGCCGUGAACGAAACUUGCAAAACAAUGGUGCUUACUACAAUCAUGAGAAUAACGAUGGCGGCAAUGAUGGAUAUGUCAUUGAUCAACAACCCAUGGUGGGUGCUGUCCCACGUUACGCACCACCUACCCCAUCCAAUUUCAUGCGAUCGGAUGCAUACAUGAUGCCACCACCAUCAUCAGCCACCAACAUUACAGCAGCUGCUACUAUAGCUUCUUCGACGCAGUACUCUGUUUCAGAAAAACCACACACGCCAGGAACUGAAUUGCAUUCGCCGCAUCAGUAUUAG